AUGAACGGCGGCGUCUCCAACUCCAAGCUCCCUCUCCUCCUCAAACCAUUCCUCCUCUCCUUCUUCCUCUCCCUCUCAAUUCUCAUCCUCUUCCUCGCCGCCUCCAGAUCCCUCUCCCCAACCCCCAUCCCAUCCCUCGCCACCUCCGCCGCCGCCGCCGCCGCCGGCGGCGGCGGCCUCCGCAUCCGGAAAGGUCUCCACUCCUACGACGCCUACAUCCAGCUCCAGCUCAACAAAACCCUCAACCCCAAACUCCGCAAAUUGUGGAAGACCCGCGACUGGGACCGCAAGGUCCGGGUCUUCGCCGCCUUCUUCCGGGCCCUCACGCGCCGCGGCCUCCUCUCCAACUCCUCACGCGCCCUCUCCAUCGGCGCACGCGUCGGGCAGGAGGUCGAGGCGCUCCGGCGCGUGGGGGUGAGCGACUCCAUCGGGAUGGACCUCGUCCCUUCCCCGCCGCUCGUCGUCAGGGGUGACUUCCACGCGCAGCCGUUCCCCAACGCGAGCUUCGACUUCGAAUUCUCCAACGUGUUCGACCACGCGCUCUACCCGGAGAAAUUCGUCGGGGAGAUCGAGCGGACGCUGAGGCCCGGCGGCGUGUGCGUCCUCCACGUGUCGAUUUCUAAGCGGGCGGACAAGUACUCGGCCAACGAUCUGUACAGCGUGGCGCCGUUGGUGGCGCUGUUUAGGGAGUCGGAGGUGGUCGGGGUCCGGCGGGUCGACGGGUUCGGGCUUGAUACCGAAGUUGUGUUCCGGAAAAAGAUGAUACGCAAGAACAAGAAGAAGAUAAAUCCAAAGGGUACAGAUUAA